AUGCCCUUGAACACGGUCGCACUCGGUGUGGCCCUCACCCCUGCUGUGAUCUCGACAUUCAUCUCUCAUUAUUUGCACCGUAAAUCACUCCAUCAUAAACCAAGCAUUCAUAUCGGAUACGAUGAAGGUAUUCACAUAUUCCGCGAGUUCCUCGCUUUCUCGGCCAAGCACUCCGUCGAGGACCUUCAAUCCUUCACGAGCCAGAAAGUCCCCAGUCCUCACUGGGUGAGGACAGAGACGGUUACCAUACCCACUCAAUAUCUGUCAUCUGCGGCAACGGCCCUGAUCGACCAAUUGGGCCCCAAGGGGUUAUCCCAGGUUGGAGGGAAAGAGUGGUGGCAAUGGCGCGGACCAGUAGAUGAAUUAAAAGGCGAGUGGGUCGAAAUGAGAAAUGAUUACAAUGAAAGAAUGCAGGCCAGAAAGAUUCACGGAACCCAUCCGAGCCAGAAACGUAUUAUGUUCUACGUACACGGUGGAGCAUAUUAUUUUGGAAGUUUAGAAACGCAUCGGUACCAGAUGCAGCGUCAUGCCAGGAAACUUAAGGGACGAGUGUUUGCACGUACAUUUGUUGCAGCGGCAUAUCGUCUAGCUCCACAGUUCCCAUUUCCUUGCGCUCUGCAUGAUUGCUUGGCUGCCUAUCUUUUCCUUCUGAAGGAACACAAGCCCGAAGAGAUCAUAUUUGCUGGAGACUCUGCCGGCGGGGGAAUGGCGCUCGCGCUGCUAUGUAUUCUUCGUGAUCAAGGCCUGCCUUUGCCUGCAGGAGCGAUCUUGAUUUCACCCUGGGUUGAUCUCACCCAUUCUUUUCCUAGUAUAGUGAAGGAUAACCCCGGUGACUACAUACCGCCAUACGGUUUCAAGCAUAAGCCUUCUGCCGCCUGGCCGCCACCAAACUCGGAUGAAAUAGAUGCCAUCAAGAAAGGCCUCGGGAAACAGCCUGCUACCGAAAAUAGCACGAAAGAGGCCAUACCACCCAACGGCAGUGAGGCUCAGGAGACAGCUGUCAAGGGUUAUUCGGUUCACGAAAACCCAUCAGUCAAAGAAUCUAUGAAUGCAACGGAUGAGCCUGGUAACCCUAGGGUUCUCAUUGAUGGUAAGACCGUUGAAAUUAAGGAUCAAAUCCAGAUGUAUACAACCAACCAACUCAUAUUUCACCCACUCGUUUCUCCUGUUCUACAACCGUCCCUGGGAGGUCUACCUCCCUUGCAGAUUCUAAGCGGUGGUGGAGAAAAGCUACGAGAUGAGCAGUUCUACGUUGCUCAUAAAGCAGCAAAUCCGACUGCUUAUCCGCCCAAUGAUGCUUUCCUGGACGAGUACGACCCCGAACGUGAAACGCUACACAAAUACCCCGGGACCCACGUUCAACUUCAAGUUUGGGAUGAUCUUUGUCAUGUUCCGACUACUUUGAGCUUCACUCGCCCGGCGAAAUAUAUGUUUCGCUCAAUUGCACAGUUCGGAGCAUGGGCUCUCGCAUGUGCUCAAGAAACAGAGAUUGAUAUUGUGGACGACAUUGACAUCUCACCUAUAUCGUCUGAUAGCUCGGAAGACCCAGACACACCCGCCAAUGGGCCCCAAGCAAAGAGUUCGAAGCAGUCCGUGGCAUCUGUCGGGAAGGCUGGCGAUCGGUUGCCUCCAUUCAAAGAGCGCAUGAUUCGUCAAAGGGUCGACAAAAGAGGUCAUAUAUAUCAUUUAGAACCCCAAGCUUCAUGUCCUGUCCUUCAAAUCCCAAGCUCACAAGUUGGGGCCAUCAAUCCUGAACUGGUCAAGAAUUGGCUUGCGGAAAAAAAUGAAUGGGAUGUAAAGUACGCCAAGGACAAGCUUCAUGUCCAGCGCCAACGGGUCAAAGAGUUGGCUCAGUGCUUCCAACAAGAUUUUGUGGGCGAGGUGCCCCCUCCAAGUUCACUGGCGGCGAGAAGGUCCGCUCCUGGAGUCAUGCCAUCUCGAGGUGACCGGAAGAGCUACCCUAUGACCAUGUGGAGCAAUUGGGCCAGCAGGCAUGACGAGAAGAGUAUCCAACGGGAGCACAAGAAGGAGAAAGAGGGACAAUCCAAGAAAACAGCGUGGAGGCUGGACGUUAGUCAUGCCUACCAGAUUGCCAUUACUGUCGAUGCUAACGAACAUAUUCAGGAUACAUCAGAUGGGACAAAGAGCUCAGCAACCCGGACAGAGGAAGAUGUCUCGCACAGGCUUAUCGAUAAGAGUUCGGGCCCUAUGAUACUCCUGCCCCCAUAUGAUGAGAAGAAGUUUACGGAGGAAAAUGCGAGCACGCAAGCACUUUUCCACGCACGAGGAACUAUAACAUCGACUUCGGACCUAUCCAUGGCCCGAAAGCAACGACCGGUGUCCCAAGCCGGGUCAGGUACAAUUCGAAGCGGCAUCACAUCACACAUUGCAGAUGAUACCAGUACUCUGGGAGACAGAUCACUCGCCGUUACCAACGCCGGCGUCGAUGCCGCUAGUACUCGAGCAGUACGGAAUUCGGUCGGAGUCGUGGGCCUGAUCAAUGAUGGCGACUCGACCUAUCACUCUAUUGAUUUCCACUCUAUACCGCGCGACUCGGGUGACCUUGACACCGCUUCUCUUGGUGGGAGGACGACAGAAGGAGACCUCUCUCGCACCGCUUCUCGCCCCGUUUCUCGCCCGGGAAUGGCUGACCGAGAAUUUUAUAAAACUGCACAGGAGCACCCUGUGGCUAGAGAUACAUAA